GCUGUUAACUAUUAACCACAAAGAAGAAGAGGAACAACCAGUUUUACGGCUCUUCCGAAGCCAUAAUUGCACCUGCAGGUCUUGAAGUGAAGGAAGUCAACACAAGAGAAAUCAUGCCGAUGUUCGUGGUCAACACUAACGUGGCCAAAGGUGAUGUACCCGAGGCUCUGCUGACCGAGGCCUCCUCGGAGCUGGCAACAGCGAUUGGUAAACCCGAACAGUACAUUGCAGUGCAAAUCAACCCUGACCAAAUGAUGCUGUUUGGAGGGAAGGGGGACCCCUGCGCACUCUGCUCCAUCUAUAGCAUCGGCAAAAUCAGUGGUGCACAAAACAAGCAGUAUUCUAAACUGGUGUGUGCACUGCUCAACAAACACCUAGGCAUCUCUGCGGACAGAAUCUAUAUCAAUUUUACUGACAUGCCAGCUGCCAACGUGGGCUGGAACAACACUACCUUUGGUUGAGAAGGAGCCAGAUUCAGCACUGAAACGACCAUUCCAAAAUGUCCUUUAAAUAUUAACUUAGCUCAAACUGAAAAAUGUAAGUAGUCAAGACCCUUGGACAUGAGAUGGCCAAGUUACAGUUGGACUACUUUAAAGGCACUUAGCAGGAUCUCAAUGCUUUGCACUAGUCAUUUUUGAUUCAAAUGCAAUAAAUGAAACCAAGCAGAUCAUGAA